CACAAGUCCUUAGAAACAGGAGAGCAUCAGCUGGUGCACUCCUCCCUCCACCGCUCCCCUGUCCCCCUUAUAUAGUCCUCUGAUCAUCCACCUGAUGCUGACUGAGAUUCCUGAAGGGUGCACUCCACAUCCAGCUUUUCCGAGCAGCACAGAAGCAGGUAGCAGUCAUGAGUGAGGUCACCAGGAACUCUCUGGAAAAAAUUCUUCCACAGCUGAAAUGCCAUUUCACCUGGAACUUGUUCUGGGAAGGAAGUCUCUCAAGUCAUGUGGAAGACAGAGUGCGAAACCAGAUUGACAUUUUAAACUCUGAGCACAAAGCGACAAUGUUCAACUUGUUGGCCUAUAUAAAAUACCUGGAUGGUGAAAAGGAGGCAGCCUUGGAGUGCUUAAGGCAAGCUGAAGUCUCAGUGGAGCCAAAGCAGGAUGAUCAAGCAGAAAUUAGACAUCUGGUCACCUGGGGAAACUAUGCUUGGAUCUACUACCACAUGGGCCGGCUCUCAGAAGCUCAGGCUUAUGUUGACAAGGUGAGACACGUGUGCGAGAAGUAUGCAAAUCCUUACAGCGUGGAAUGUCCAGAACUUGACUGUGAGGAGGGAUGGACACGCCUAAAGUGUGGAAGGAAUGAAAGAGCUAAAAUGUGCUUCCUAAAGGCUCUAGAAGAGAAGCCCAGUGAUCCAGAGUGUUCGUCUGGGCUGGCAAUCGCCACAAGCCGUCUCGAAGAACAGCCCGAGAAGCAGUUCGCUGUGGAUGCUCUGAAGCAGGCCAUGGAGCUGAACGCUGAGAACCAGUAUGUCAAAGUUCUCUUGGCCCUGAAACUGCAGAAAAUGGGAGAAGAAGCUGAAGGAGAGCGACUGAUUGACGACGCCCUGAGAAAAGCUCCUGAUCAAGCGGAUGUACUGCAAAAGGCAUCCCAGUUUUACCAGAAAAAGGGUAACCUAGAUAGAGCUAACACACUUCUUGUAAGAGCACUAAGAUCCACAGAAAACAAGACUCCCCUCUACACCCUGGUCAUGUGCCGUUACAGGGAAAGGCUGAAGCAAUUACAGAAAACCGGAAAUGCUGGCUCCAGUGACAGCCUAGAGAAGAUGGAAGAACUGAGACAAUUAACCAUGGAGUACAUGCGCCAGGCUCUUCAGAGGAAGCAAAGUCGUCUGAACUCCUACUCAGACCUCAUCGAUUACCCAGAAGUAAAACGAUGCUGUCAGUUGGUCUUCGGCAAGGAGAGCCCCAGUGCUGAAGAACAACAGCUCUACCAGAGCUAUUGCAACCUCCAGGAAUAUCACCAGCGGUCUGAAGGCCUUGCUGCCCUGAAGGAGUUACUCAAGUCCUGCAGUCUCACAGAAACAGCAUCCAUUGAGAAGGAAGGGAUGAAGGAGCAAGCAUAGGCCAAAGAUGAAAACAUUCAGUGGCAAAAUGUGCUGGAUUCUUGGUCUCUCUGGGGAAUAAGUCAGAAGCUGAGUGAGUGGGGGGGGCGGGACACUCUUUGGGGCACAGGCAGCCUUUCCUUGACGGCAUCUGAGCCUGAGGAUAACAGGAAGUGUGCCAUGGUGCAGGCGCUCAAGUCUGCACUGCAACAGAAGUGUGCUGUGGAAUGGUGCCUACUGGGUGUGGAGAGGCAGGAGCCCUCCUGUCAAGUGUUGCUCCACAGGAUUCCCUUGCUUAAUUAUGUUAUCAAACACCCUUAAAGAACCGUUUUCUCUUCCUGACUCCCCUGUCCAUCCUAGCUGUAUAAUUUUCCAGCCAACAGGUCUUCCCAUGAGUCACCCAGGGAAACAGGACUCCAGGCUCACAUAGCACUUUUUGAUCACUAUUUUUGUUCUGUAAUGCAUGACAACUGCCAGCAAAAAUUAGUUUUAUUUCUUCAUUCCCUUUCAGUGUAACCAUCCUAACCUGAAAGGUUAGCUUUGGCCUAACCCUAGAAUAUUUUUUGCUCCUUAUUUUUUUUUUUAUUCCACCUUGAGUUUGUUUGUGUUCCUGACAAUGAUCCUAUGGUAACUAUGUAUGACAAACUGGAAUGCUAUAAUAAAUCUAAGUUUCAACUCAGAA